CUGGUCUACUUCCGGAAUUUCCUCGCGUAACUUCCGGUGGUGUGAUCAAGUAUGGCGACUGGGAUUAGAUUGAACGGAGGAAUGAACAAUAUUUCUCUUAUUUUACGGCGACUCUCUUGAUGUAGAUGGACGCCAUGGGUAAGAAAAGAAAGAAGCUACUUCACUCGGCGCUAUGGGCCAAGAAGAACACAUUGAACAAAGAUGGCAGCACGACACAGGGUAUUGGACAGCCCAGCAUCGUGCAUGCCCUCAUCAUCAUCUUCCUGGAGUUCUUCGCCUGGGGACUUCUCACCAGUCCAGUCUUAAAUAUAUUACAUGAAACAUUUGGAGACCACACAUUUUUAAUGAAUGGGUUAAUACAAGGUGUAAAGGGUAUCUUAUCAUUCCUGAGCGCUCCGCUGAUCGGGGCGCUGUCGGACGUGUGGGGGAGAAAGUCCUUCCUGCUGCUGUCUGUGUUCUUCACCUGUGCACCUAUUCCGCUCAUGAGAAUAUCACCAUGGUGGUACUUUGCCAUGCUGUCCAUGUCGGGAGUGUUUGCCGUCACCUUCAGCAUCAUCUUUGCCUAUGUGGCAGACAUCACAGAGGAGCAGGACCGCAGUGCUGCAUACGGACUGGUAUCUGCCACCUUUGCGGCUAGCCUGGUGAUCAGUCCUGCCGUGGGUGCGUACGUGGGGAGGACGUACGGAGACAACCUGGUGAUCGCCCUGUCCUCCGCCAUCGCUCUGCUGGACGUGCUGUUUAUACUCGUCGCUGUGCCCGAGUCCUUGCCUGAGAAAAUCCGACCAGCCUCCUGGGGGGCUUCCAUAUCCUGGGAGCAGGCAGAUCCAUUUGCUUCCCUGCGGAAGGUUGGCCAGGACCAGGUAGUUCUGCUCAUCUGUAUCACAGUGUUCCUGUCAUACCUACCAGAGGCAGGGCAGUACACGUGCAUCUUCAUCUACCUCAAGGAGGUGAUGGGUUUUAAUGAGGAAGGUGUGGCCAAGUACAUUGCUCUUGUAGGGGUGCUGUCUGUCUUUGCACAGACCCAGCUCCUGUCAGGUCUGAUGAGGAUGCUGGGUAACAAGAACACCAUCAUGGUCGGGCUGGGCUUCCAGAUCUUCCAGCUGGCCUGGUACGGGUUUGGGACACAGACCUGGAUGAUGUGGGUCGCCGGGGUCAUGGCAGCGCUCUCCAGCAUCAACUACCCCUGCAUGAGCUCCAUAGUAUCAAACAAUGCAGAUGCAGAUCAACAAGGUGUAGUACAGGGGAUUAUUACAGGUAUACGGGGACUGUGCAAUGGGCUGGGACCGGCGCUCUUUGGCUUCAUCUUCUUCGUGUUUGACGUAGACCUGAACAAGUUGGACAGUCCAACAUCUGCGACCAAUAAGACGUUAGCAGACCCAACAGCACAGAGUAUAAUACAAGGACCGCCCUUCGUGUUCGGUGCCAUCCUGGUUAUCCUAGCGCUGCUUGUUGCAUUCUUUAUUCCCGAACAUUCCUCGAAAUACGACCAUUCGUUAAGGUCGUCUGCUAAACGGACACUAAUGGUGACGGAGGGUGGGGAAGAGCCGUUGUUACAGGUGGACUCUGACAACCCGUGAUGCUUUUCUCAAUCAGACUUGUGAUCUGGGAAUUUGUGAUGCUGUUCUCAAUUAGACCCAUGAUCUGACAUACCGAGAUGCUGUACUGAACUUGUGAUCUGGCAAUCCAUGAGGAUGUUUCAAAUUGAUUCGUGAUCUGGCAAUCCACAUGUGCAAGUACUGAGGCUGUAUCCGGAUCUAUAUUAGCUUAUGGACAAGCUAAUCUAUCACAAGAACGACAGAUGCUAUGUACAGCGCAUACAUGUUCCUCAUGGACAAAAUGUACAGGGAGGUCCCAGUGACUGAGUGAGCCACUGUUUCAAAUUGUGGGUGCAGGAUUAUCAAUUUCCAAUUCUCAUAAACAUCAUCUCUCUUUAACUUAACCCUUUAUCAGACAACCAUCAUUGCAAAUACAUUGUAAGACUUAGUGUUACACAAAUGAAAAAGUUUCAUUUCCCAGGUUUUGACUGGAUUGUGACUCAAAACACGAGCAGCCUUGUGCAAAUUGAUGAUGAAAAUGUACUGAAAAUUAUUUCUUACACUGGUUGUAAAAGGAUAUAGUACAUGAUGUACAAAUGUAUGUGCAGGUUCAAUGUACCAGUGAAACUUUUCCUAGGUCUUUGGAACAAGUACAAUGAACAGUGGACCAUUGCAUAACGCCCUGUACUUAGAACUGAAAGCCCGUCUGGUAGUGAGGUACUACAGCUGGGAUUGGAACCCUCAACCUUUAGGUCCAGAAGUAGGAUGGCUAUACAUGAUGCUGAUGGACAGUGACUCGGGACAGAGUUAUCCAGCUGAUGGAUUCUGUGUGACACCUGACCUCUCCAGUAGAAUGUGCAUGUGGAACCUCAUGUUGAUGAUUUAGUAUCCCUCACAAAAACAAAUCCAUUGUACAGUGCUAAACUUUCUUCCAACACUAAAGUGUACAUGUUUUCAACGACCACUGUUGCCUUCUUCUGGAUCAAUAAUGACCAAUCACUUCAGAAUGUAAAGUUAUUGACAUGUGAUCUUACUAAUGCGUGAUGUCAUCAAUUGGUCAAACGUGCCAGGAAGUUUAUAAUGCCUCCAGUUUCUGUCAUUAAUGAUCCCUUAGAAGGCGACAGGGAUUGUUGAAAAUUAUGCACCCAGGAAAGUUGCAUGAAACUUGUUAGGUUGAAUUGGAAAGACACUGAAAAUUUGAAAGUUGAUGCUUCAUGGUGCUGAAUCCAAAGUCACUGCAGCUUCUCAUGUCAAUGAAAGAAGCACAGUAUUUAUACAUGUAUAUGCUUCCUUGUACACUGUGAUGUUACAUGGGAAAUCAUGUCAUUUCAUGUUCUAAAUACGUGUAAUUUGCAAUUUAAGUUAAUCAGAGUUUACAAGCUCUUAGUGUCUUUUCAACUUUGAAUUGACCCAUGUCCGAAGAUGUAAUGAUUGUUUUGAUGAUUUACAUUAGAUAUUAAGACUAACAUAUUCAACGAGAAGAGUUACCUUCAGCUCAAGAAGUUAUGUCUGAUUGCUUAUUUUGGGUAUACAUGUACAUAGAUAUGAAAAAUGAAGGAAAUAUCUUUGUCACCUAUGGUUAUGUUAUGUAUAAGGCUGGAAGAGAAAAAAGAAGGCUAGCUGCUGCACCUUGUAGAGAGUAGAAAUAACAACAAGGCCUGACUGACUUUACUUGUAAGGGACCAAAUGUUUCGGUCAUGUGGCAGACUCUGUGUAGCCAGCUAUCCAUGCUAAUCUUUCCUGGGUUUACUCUACUGAUCUGUUCUGCGAUCGGAGGAGCAAACCUGAUAUAGAAUUGGAAGGAUACUGGGCUAGAAUCUCUGUUGUCUUGUUCUUCAUGUAUGUCUUGUUUUGUUUCAAUAGUCCACGCUUCAUCAGUCUGGAAAUUUUCUUGUGUCCAUGUCUACGGGAGAGUCAUGGCUGACCUGAUUUACAGUGCUAAAAAAAUUGUGGAGAGAAAAAGAAAAGAGUAGAAAGUUCACAUUUUACUUAUAUAGUAACGUUGCUGUAGAAAUUUUCUGGGGUCAUUAUUAUUCAAUGGAUGAAGUUUUAAACUGGUACAGCCAUCCUCCAGCAACCCUAUCUCAGGAGAAAUAUUUCUUUUUGUUGUGUUUAGAAAAAAAUUCAUGUACUGUUGCAGCUUUGUGUGUAUGUUACAGUGUAACCACAUGAUUCAAACAAGAUAUACUUACCAUACGGAAUGUGAAGUUAACUUAUGAUAUUAUGUAUUUGUUAACUGGUAACACGAUAGUCAGUGUUUUUAUUGUCUUGUAUUAAGAACAUAACCUUGUUGCUGCAAAAUAGCCUAUUAUGAUAUCGAUAUUCUCAUGUUUUGCUAAUAUAAAUGAUGAUUAAAUCACUGUUGUGACAACA